UUUCAAUUCUUAAAACAUUAUUUUCACAAAAUAACAAUUACAUGUUGUAUUAAAAAAGAACAAUGAAAAAGACAGAGGGUCUUUUACAAAACAACAACAAUGUAGAAGUAGGAAUGAAUGUCUUGAGUGUUGUAUUUACUAAUCACUUUUUCCUUGGCUAGUGGCAAUGUGGUCUAGGGUUUAAGGCUAGGUCUACAGUAUAUUAUCAACAUUGCCUUAUAUCAUAUAUCUCAUAUGAAAGUAUCGUAUUCUAAAGGUGGAUGUAAAUUCAACGUCUUGUGCGCCAUUUUGCGGUGGUCCUGUGAGGGUCAAGUGUUAGUACACCGCAAUAAUCCACCUUGAGUUAGAUUCCUGGGCUGCCAUUGGAUUAGUCCUGAGAACACAACAAUGGCUCGUUUUAAUUCACCAUAAUCCCAGUGAAUAUUGAAAGCACUUUCAUAUGACUCUGUGGAGAAGAGGCUAAUGCCGAAAGAAGAAACUCUCAGGAACGUAAUAAUAUAGGAGAUAAAAUAUUUACAAAUGUCUUCUUCCCCUACGACCUCUUGCGAUUGGAUGAUCCUGCAGGCUGAACAGAAAAAUAUCAAUGUUCGUGUCACCACCAUGGACGCUGAGCUGGAGUUCGCCGUCCUGCCCAGCACCACUGGCAAACAACUCUUCGACCAGAUAGUGAAGACCAUCGGGCUGAGAGAGACCUGGUUCUUUGGCCUACAGUACCAGGACAGCAAAGGCUUCUCUACCUGGCUCAAACUCAACAAGAGGGUGACAGCUCAGGAUGUACGCAGGGAGAACCCUCUGUUGAUAAAGUUCCGGGCCAAGUUCUACCCUGAAGACGUAGCUGAGGAACUGAUCCAAGAGGCCACGCAACGACUUUUCUUCCUGCAGGUGAAGGAAGGCAUCCUGAAUGAUGAUAUCUACUGUCCUCCUGAGACGGCUGUGCUGUUGGCCUCCUACUCUGUUCAGACCAAACAUGGAGACUACAAGAAGGACUACCACUUCCCGGGUUACCUCAGCAGGGACAAGCUGCUUCCCCAGAGGGUUCUGGAGCAGCACAAGCUGAACAAGGAGCAGUGGGAGAAUAGGAUAAAGGUGUGGCAUGAGGAGCACAAGGGAGUGCUGAGGGAGGAUGCCAUGGUGGAGUAUCUGAAGAUAGCUCAGGAUCUAGAGAUGUAUGGAGUCAACUACUUCAGCAUCAAGAACAAGAAGGGUUCAGAGCUGUGGCUGGGGGUAGACGCUCUGGGCCUCAACAUAUACCAGAACACUGACAGGAUGACCCCUAAGAUCGGCUUCCCAUGGAGUGAGAUCAGAAACAUUUCCUUCAACGACAAGAAGUUUGUUAUAAAGCCCAUGGACAAGAAAGCCCCGGAUUUUGUGUUCUACGCCCCUCGUCUACGGAUCAACAAGCGUAUCCUGGCGCUGUGCAUGGGAAACCAUGACCUGUACAUGAGGAGGAGGAAGCCAGACACCAUCGAGGUCCAGCAGAUGAAAGCCCAGGCCCGUGAGGAGAAGACUAAGAGACAGAUGGAGAAAGCUCUGCUCGAGAGCGAGAAGAAGAAGAGGGAGAAUGCGGAGAAGGAGACAGAGAAGAUCGCCAGAGAAACCAUGGAGCUAAUAGGCAGACUGAAACAGAUUGAGGAAGAGACCAAGAAAGCUCAGGAAGAGCUGGAUAAGAGGACUCGCAGGGCCCUGGAGCUGGAGAAAGAGAGGACGUUUGCCCAGGAGGAGGCAGAGCGUCUGGAGAAGGAGCGCAGGGCAGCGGAAGAGACCAAGGCAGCCCUCCUACAGCAGUCAGAGAGCCAGAUGAAGAACCAGGAGAACCUGGCUACUGAUCUGACCUCUAAGAUCUCCCUUCUGGAGGACGUAAAGCAGAAGAAGGACGACGAUACAAAGAGAUGGCAGAAAAGGGACUCUGUGCAGGGGGACCACGACGAGACCGACGAGAGCAGCGCCGAGGCCAGCGCCGAGCUGACAUCACCAGGCAUGGUCAGAGACCGCAGCGAGGAGGGACGCAUGACGGAGGCUCAGAAGAAUGAACGGCUACAGAAACACCUCAAGGCCCUGAGUAGUGAGUUGGCCAGCGCUCGAGACGACAGUAAGAAUACUCCCAACGACCUGAUCCACGCGGAGAACGUUAAGGCCGGCCGGGACAAGUACAGGACCCUCCGUCAGAUACGACAGGGCAACACCAAGCAACGCAUCGACGAGUUUGAGUCCAUGUGAAGGAUAGAAAGAAUGCGAAUGAGAGAGAAGGUGUGUGUGUGUGCGCGUGUGUGGGAGUGUGGGAGUGAGAGAGAGUGAGAGAGAGGGUGAGAGAGAGAGAGUGAGAGAGAGAGUGUGAGAGAGGUGGUACUGAAUCUAUGUAUUUAAAUGGGAGUCAUAUAGGCAGGUACAGUGUAAUUACUAAGUCAUUAAUGCUUCUCCCUAGUAGUGUGUUGUCCCCUGUGACUAAAGAGUGCCAACUUCAUGGGAUUUGUAGUUUGGUCAAGUAAAAUUCUGUGGACUACAGACUGUACUACUACUAGUACCACAAUCAAAGUGAGUGAUGAUACUAUUAAUCAUAAUAUAUCAUAAUUUAUGCUGCUUUUGCUCAUGGUUUUUGCAAUCUUGAAAUGAAUCUAUGCAAAAUAAUUAUUAGCUGAUAUAGCAUGAAAACCAUAA